CGCCGGGGGCUGCGCGGCCACUCCCGUUCCUGGAAGGCGCUUCUCCUCUGCCUCUUGCCGCUCCUGAGCCCGCUUGCCGCCCUUGGCGUCUGGACAACCGCCGGCCCCAAUGGAGACCCCCGUGGCAGGGCCGCCCGUCACCCUCAUCAUCAAAGCGCCCAACCAGAAGUACACGGACCAGACCAUCAGCUGCUUCCUGGACUGGACCGUCGGAAGGCUGAAGUGCCACCUCUCCAAGGUGUACCCCAGUAAGCCGUCUACAAAGGAUCAGAGACUGGUCUAUUCUGGCAGAUUGCUUCCAGAUCACCUGCAACUGAAAGAUAUUCUCAGAAAACAAGAUGAAUAUCACAUGGUUCAUUUAGUAUGUUCUUCACGGACACCCCCGAAUUCUCCAAAACCUGACACUAUUAGGGAAAAUCAUGAAUCUUCAGCAUCUAGCAACAGCUUGAGUUCAGAACAUUCGGGAUCAACAUCUCCUUCCCCAUCUCAAGAAACUGUAUAUACAGCUGCCAGUAAUUCCGAAGGUGUACGACAUCGCAACCUUGCACAAACGCAAAAUAAUCAAAUGCAAAGCCAUCCAUUCCCAUAUGUAAUGCAGGGCAACUUAGAUAAUCAGUUUCCUGGGCAAGGAAUGUCAGCUGGUUUUCCAAUCUAUCCUACUUUCAGCCCUCUGCAGAUGUUAUGGUGGCAACAAAUGUAUGCACGUCAGUAUUAUAUGCAAUAUCAAGCUGCAGUUUCAGCCCAGGCAACCCUCAAUCCUGACUCUACCAGUCCUCCAACUCCACAACCCACAAGUUCUGAGAAUGAUCCUGUGAAUGAGGCCCCAGCAGCUCCAAAUGUAGCUCCACAGGAGAACAGGCCUGUAAACCAGAAUGUGCAGAUGAAUGCUCAAGGAGGUCCAGUCAUGAAUGAAGAGGACUUCAAUAGAGAUUGGCUGGACUGGAUGUACACAUUCUCCAGAGCAGCUAUUCUCCUUAGUAUUGUAUAUUUCUAUUCAUCCUUCAGUCGCUUUGUUAUGGUGAUGGGAGCUAUGUUACUAGUUUACCUGCACCAAGCUGGGUGGUUCCCAUUCAGACAAGAAGGAAUCCAACAGCCUGCAGCAAACAAUGCAGAUAUAAACCAUGAUGGUCAAAAUGUAAAUAAUGCUGGACUUGAAGAAAUGGAACGUCUCAUGGAUGAAGGUAUUGAUGAAGACAGCGGCGAAGACAUUGUUGACGUCAAUACAGAACAGCAUCCUGGAUUUAUGGCUUCUGCGUGGUCCUUCAUCACCACUUUCUUUACAUCCCUCAUUCCUGAAGGACCUCCACAAGUUGGCAACUAAGCAAAGAAGGAACUACUAGUAUGCUUUAAAGUGGAGUGGAAGUUGACUCUGGGAGGGAAGAAUUUUAAAUAUAGUGCAAUUGCAAAAAAUAUAUAUAUAUAAUGUAAAUUUUCUGAUCAUGCUGUACAAAAAUGUGAUUUUUUUCUUUCAGCUUUCUCAUGCUAAUGAAUAUUUUAAGCAAAAUGGACUACUAAAUGCUUUAAAAAUAUUCUUCUUUAAAGAAGAAAAAUGUAAAAAAUUGGUCUUCCAUGUUUUUGUUUUAAUUGUAUUAACACUAAGGGAAGGAACCUGUAAUUGGUGCAAUGUCCUUCCUUUAAAGAGUUAUUAAAUUACCAAUUAGAAAUAAGCUCCUUCAUAGUAAAAUAGAACUUGUGUUGGAAUCUU